AUGCACGGUUCCGCCGCGAUGAUACCGUUGCAAAGCAGCAUAAGUGUUGACGAUUCUUUUUUGGAGAACUCCAUUGAUUUUUGCAGAUUUGAAGGGGCGGGGAAUCCGUCAAAAGGCCCUGUGUUGACUCCGCCCUUGCAGCUCAAGGUUGUUAACGAGGCAGGCAUAUCAACGAAUGACUGGAAUAGCUCCACGAGCGCUGUUUUUCUCGUCGUUAGCUCCUCACCCAGAUGUGGCUUAGUGGCACGCUUUUUUUGCACACGACUUUUGCGAUAUCUUCGUUGGUGUGGUGAGAGCGCCGUGUUUUUUUUAGCAGGACCUAAUGAACGUGACAUUGAAGUGCAGCGCUUUGAAGAUGACGUGGGCGCCUGGGAGAAGUACGUGGAAUCUUGUUUGGAGAAAUCACUUUUGUAUUUGGCUUCUAACCCCUGUCUUGGGUUCUCGGCUAUCCCAGUAGUAAUUCUCCAGACCGACUGCGAGUCCGUGGAUGCGUACGACAGGCUGCAUGGCAUGCUGGAUUCGAGGGGAAAUUUUUUGGUUCGCCACAUUUGGUUUGAUGAAGACUGGAAGGAACGCGCUUCUCCGAAAGGCGGCUACAUUAAUGUAUGUUUAAAGCAACCAGCACUCCGCGUGACGCGAUCUCAAUGGAGUAUUGUCUGCUCAAGGGCAGCGGGAUAUCUCAACAGUUGCCUUCCCGCGCUUCAUCGGGUUUACCUUGACGAGCCUUUGGUGGGCUCCCCGGAGGAGACGCUCAAGUCCUUUUCUCCGCUCUUCUUUACUCGUCAUGGGCAGUCGGAGUACAACUUGCAGGAUCGUCUUGGCGGUGAUCCCGACCUUACUAUUUUGGGCAGAGACGAUGCCUUGACGAUUGCUGAGUUUUUUAAGCGGCAGGUGGUGGGAAACAGUCGUCUAUUUGCAUUAAGAAAUGCCGUGUGGGAUAAAGAGGAAGGAUUUGAGGUGUGGUGCAGCCAACUUAAACGCACCCGACGUACGGCUGAACCAUCUGCGCGGGUACUGACAAGAGGGGAGUUGAAGACGUUCAAGACACUCAAUGAAAUUCACGCUGGUGUAUGCGAGGAUAUGACUAACGAGGAAAUAAAGGCACUCUACCCCCCCAUUUCGUCUUUUCGACACACGGACAAGGUAGGGUUUCGGUAUCCCAAUGGGGAGUCGUACCAGGACCUCAUGCGACGUCUAGAACCUAUUUUGCUGGAUCUUGACGUCACACGAAAGUGCGUUUUGGUUGUGGCGCACCAGGCGGUGCUGCGGACUGUGCUUUCCUUCUUUGAUGGUCCGGCGGUAGAGGAGGCCGUUCACACACCGUGUCCCCAUCGCAGUGUCUGGUGUUGUACAUACAAUCGACUCGGGGAGCCUCGCUUGACGACAAUCACACUCAAGCCCCGAAAAAAGAAUCCUGAAGAGGAUUAUGAAUGUAGUGGGUGGUGA